ACACCGCUCGAACCAGCCUCAUAUUUCUCUCUUCCUGCCGGCCUCCAUUCGAACUCACUCCUCUCUGGUUUCAUUUCCAUUCCCCCCCUCAGCUACGACCGACAGGGAGAGGCAGGCAAGAGCGGCAGCAAACACCGAUGGCAACUCAGGCUUUUCUCUCCUCGGUGGACGCUGGAAGGCAGCUCCUCGGGGGAAGGCCCCUCCGGUCUGCUCCCUCGAGAUCUCUUGGUUCUUCGAGGAAGGCUUCGUUCGCCGUUAGAGCAGCUUCCACGCCUCCCGUCAAGCAAGGAGCAGACAGACAGCUCUGGUUUGCCUCCAAGCAGUCCCUCACCUACUUGGACGGAAGCCUCCCCGGUGACUACGGCUUUGACCCCCUUGGCCUGUCGGACCCCGAAGGCACCGGAGGAUUCAUCGAGCCCAAAUGGCUGGCCUACGGCGAGGUCAUCAACGGGAGGUAUGCCAUGCUGGGCGCAGUAGGCGCCAUCGCGCCCGAGAUCUUCGGAAAGCUCGGGUGGAUACCACCUGAGACCGCACUCCCCUGGUUCAAGACUGGCGUCUUUCCACCGGCCGGCACUUACAACUACUGGGCAGACCCCUACACGCUGUUCGUGCUGGAGAUGGCGCUCAUGGGGUUCGCGGAGCACCGGAGAUUCCAGGACUGGGCAAAUCCAGGCUCCAUGGGGAAGCAGUACUUCUUAGGUCUCGAGAAGUGGUUGGGGGGGUCGGGAAACCCUAUCUACCCUGGAGGACCUCUCUUCAACCCUCUCGGCUUUGGGAAGGACGAGAAGUCGAUGAACGAUCUGAAGCUGAAGGAGGUGAAGAAUGGGAGGCUGGCCAUGCUGGCCAUCCUGGGCUACUUUGCGCAGGCGGCGUUGACCGGAGUUGGGCCGUUCCAGAACCUGUUGGAUCACUUGGCCGACCCUGUGCACAACAACAUCUUGACCAGCUUCAAGUUCCACUGAGGGUGCUGCAGCUCAUCGUGACAUGCUUUGUUGCCACAGAUUUAUCUAUCCCUUGUAACAUCCUAUCAAUAUGAAAGGCAUUUGUGACUGGAUUAAUAUCAUACAUUAUGUGGGUUUCA